AUGGAGCAGGGAGCACCCGAGCUGCCGCCGGGGCUCCUCGCCGAGCCGUUGAGGGGCCUCGCCGCAGACCCGGUGGCAGCGGGGGAUGAGGAAGCGGCUGGGAUCGGAUGCGGGGCUGAGGGCCGCCUCGCAGGCUCCGGGGACGCCAUGAUGACAGGAGGUAGUUUUUGGUCGAAGAAAGUUGAAAUUACUGUUUCAGAAGCAGAAAAAAGGACUGGAAGAAAUGCCAUGAACAUGCAAGAAACUUAUACAGCUUACCUCAUUGAGACAAGAUCAGUUGAACCAAGUGAUGGCCAGAGUGUUCUUACAGACUCUCUUUGGAGACGGUAUAGCGAGUUUGAAUUAUUGAGAAACUAUUUGCUAGUUUACUAUCCACAUAUUGUUGUCCCACCUCUGCCUGAAAAGAGGGCAGAAUUUGUUUGGCAUAAACUCUCUGCAGACAACAUGGAUCCUGAUUUUGUGGAAAGACGAAGAGUUGGUUUGGAAAAUUUUCUUUUAAGAGUGGCUUCCCAUUCUGUCCUUUCUGAAGACAAAAUUUUCUACUUGUUUUUAACACAGGAAAAUAACUGGAAGGAGACAGUGAAUGAAACAGGGUUCCAGCUAAAGGCAGACUCCAGGUUAAAAGCUCUUAAUGCAACAUUCAGAGUGAAAAACCCAGACAAGAGAUUUACUGAUCUAAAACACUACGGUGACGAACUGCAGUCUGUCAUCUCACACCUUCUUCGAGUCAGAGCCAGAGUGGCAGACCGACUCUAUGGUGUCUAUAAAGUUCAUGGAAAUUAUGGCAGAGUUUUCAGUGAAUGGAGUGCCAUAGAAAAAGAAAUGGGAGAUGGACUACAGAGUGCAGGACAUCAUAUGGAUGUAUAUGCAGCUUCUAUUGAUGAUAUUUUAGAAGAAGAGGAGCAUUAUGCAGAUCAGCUGAAGGAAUAUCUUUUCUAUGCAGAAGCAUUAAGAGCGGUUUGUAGGAAACAUGAACUAAUGCAGUAUGAUUUGGAGAUGGCUGCCCAGGAUCUGGCGUCCAAAAAGCAGCAGUGCGAAGAGCUCGCGACAGGGACUGUGAGGACAUUCUCCCUGAAAGGAAUGACUAGUAAGCUGUUCGGUCAAGAGACUCCAGAGCAAAGAGAAGCCAGAAUAAAGGUGCUAGAGGAACAGAUACAUGAAGGAGAAGAACAACUGAAGUCUAAGAAUCUGGAAGGCAGAGAAUUUGUGAAAGCUGCUUGGGCAGAUAUUGAACGCUUCAAAGAGCAAAAGAACCAUGAUUUAAAGGAGGCUCUCAUAAGCUAUGCAGUUAUGCAAAUUAGUAUGUGCAAAAAGGGAAUUCAAGUGUGGACCAAUGCUAAGGAAUGCUUCAGUAAGAUGUAAUCCUGUAGAAAUGAAUUCCUCUUCAAUCAAGUGCCCCAGAACAGAAGCACAAGUACAUAAUGAAGACUUAAGUUGCUACCUGAU